AGAGAGAGAGAAAGAGAGAAAAAGAGAGAAAAAGAGAGAAAAAGAGGUUCGUACGAAAAUGGCGCGUAGAGACGAAAGAAAAAGAAGGAUCGUACGAUAGAGAAAGCUUUGGUCGAGAAGCGCAUGAACCAAAUGGUUAAGGAAUACGAUCGAGUAGGCAUAUCGUACUAGUCGACUGGUAGUCGUUCUCUAUCGAGCUUGAGGAAAGCACGUGUUACUUACGUCAACGAAUCCACCAUCAGCACUAUUACCAACAAAAGCACUACUGGGGUACCAGUAAUAUCGGUUGCGAUCACAUCAUUACCACCACUACCAUCGUGAAGUAAAGGAUCGUAGGCACCAUUGGGUAUUCUCUCGUCCUUCAACCCUUUAUCCCCUCCACAAUCGAAACGAUCUAGUACAUAUCUCGUGAUUCGAGAUAGAAGAGCAUCCGAAUUCAUAGUACUAUCCUUCAGUACUUCGAGUAAAGCGGUAGCAACCGUUAAGAUCCUCGGUCUUUAUUAUAAUUCUCAUCUCAGGAUGUUUCUCGCGUUUAUUGUUUUUCUCUUAACCAUCGUUGAUACUCGAGCUGAAAUUUUUACGAAUAGUUUCCUCGUUAAAAUGAGGCAACCGGCUGAACGAUAUUUGGCUGAUCAAGUUGCUGCUAGAAACGGAUUCGUCAAUCUUGGACCGAUCCUAGGAAGUCAAAUGGAAUAUCAUUUCGUUCACAAAGCUCUACCACAUGCACGGAGUAAAAGAUCCGUACCGCAUAUGCGACGUUUGAAGGUAGACCCAUUGGUGCAUACAGCUGUUCAACAACCUGGAUUUAAAAGAGUAAAGCGAGGUUACAACACAUUAACCGUGGACAAUCUUGCCUCUUUGUACGAGAUUAAAAAUUCACCAAAUUUAGCAAAUAGAAAUCCAACGGAUCCUUACUUCCAAUAUCAAUGGUAUUUAAAAAAUACUGGACAGAAUGGUGGUAAACCUAAAUUGGAUCUCAACGUUGAAGCUGCCUGGGCACAAGGUGUUACUGGGAAAAACGUGACCACUGCUAUUAUGGACGACGGUGUUGAUUACAUGCACCCGGACCUGAAAUAUAACUACAACGCUAAAGCUUCUUACGAUUUUAGCAGUAACGAUCCAUUUCCAUAUCCAAGAUAUACGGACGAUUGGUUUAACAGUCAUGGCACCAGAUGUGCCGGUGAAGUAGCAGCAGCUCGAGACAAUGGGGUUUGUGGUGUCGGUGUGGCGUACGAUUCGAAAAUUGCUGGAAUACGGAUGCUGGAUCAGCCUUAUAUGACUGAUUUGAUCGAAGCGAAUAGUAUGGGCCAUGAACCUGAUCUGAUCGAUAUUUAUAGUGCCUCAUGGGGCCCAACAGAUGAUGGGAAGACUGUUGAUGGGCCACGAAAUGCGACCAUGAGGGCCAUCGUGCGUGGAGUUAACGAGGGUAGAAAAGGUUUAGGCAAUAUUUAUGUCUGGGCUUCCGGUGAUGGCGGCGAAGAGGACGAUUGUAAUUGCGAUGGAUACGCAGCGAGUAUGUGGACCGUGAGCAUAAACAGUGCCAUUAACGAUGGUCAAAAUGCCCAUUACGAUGAAAGUUGUUCUAGCACAUUAGCUUCGACCUUUAGUAAUGGCGCGAAAGAUCCCAAUACCGGUGUGGCUACGACCGAUCUUUAUGGGAAAUGUACGACGACUCAUAGUGGAACAUCCGCUGCGGCGCCGGAAGCUGCUGGGGUGUUUGCUUUGGCGCUCGAAGCCAAUUCACAGUUGACUUGGAGGGACAUUCAACAUUUGACGGUAUUGACCUCAAAAAGGAAUUCGUUGUUCGAUGCUAAAGGAAGAUUUCAUUGGACUAUGAACGGCGUUGGACUGGAAUUUAAUCAUCUCUUUGGUUAUGGUGUUCUUGAUGCAGGCGCUAUGGUGGCCUUGGCUAAAAAAUGGAAAACCGUACCUCCUAGAUAUCACUGUGAAGCUGGUUCUGUCAUCGAGCCACAGAAAGUUACCAGUGAACGGUCGUUCCUGUUGAAAAUCAAAACCGACGCAUGUGCUGGCACGGAAUAUGCUGUUAACUACUUAGAACACGUUCAAGCUGUUAUUUCCGUAAAUGCUACUCGUCGAGGAGAUCUCGAAUUGUUUCUAACUUCGCCAAUGGGAACUAGGUCGAUGAUAUUAAGUCGCAGAAUUAACGAUGACGACCACAGAGAUGGAUUUACGAAGUGGCCGUUCAUGACAACUCAUACUUGGGGCGAAUAUCCUCAAGGAACUUGGCUGUUAGAGGUUAGCUUAAACUCGCAAAUACCUCAACAUGGUUGGAUUAGGGAAUGGACAUUGAUGUUACACGGUACCAGAGAACCACCAUAUACUGGAUUACCAGCUGCAGAUCCAUAUUCGAAAUUGGCAAUUGUGAAAAAGGCCCACGAAGAACGUUCGAGUGCGAUGUAACGAUAAACGACCGACAUUUAAUAUGGCCGCUCGAAAUUGAAAAUGUUCGCGCGAAAUUUAUAAUUGUUUUUUUCUUUAUCUUUUCCUUCACGCAUUCGCGUUCUCGAGAACAUCAAUAUUAAUCUUCAUUAAAACUUACAUACUUCCCUAAAAUUUCUCUCAAAUUUGCAAAGAGACGAAAACGAACAAACAAAACGAGAAAAAAAAACCAAAAACAGGAAAACAAAAAGAAUGAAUGGCUUUUUACAACUUUCAUUUUUAAAUUGAUUUAUACGAACAUUUGUUUUCGAGUUGACGCGUUAGGAAAGAGUUUUCAAAUAAAAUAAAUAAAAAGAAAAGGGCGACGAAAUUCGACGAACGACGAACGACAAACGACAAAUUUAACGUAACAAAGAAUAAAUAAGAAACAGAAAUAAAACAAAAACAAAAAAAAAAACAAAAAAAAAGAGAAGAAAAAAAUACAAAAAAAGAAUUAAUAAAAAUCCAUUUAUUCAACUUACACAAUAUGGAAAAGAUUUAUGGAACGUUAAAAACAAAAAAGCAACAAUAAUAAUAAUAAUAAUAAUAAUAAUAAUAAUAAUAAUAAUAAUAAUUAUAAUUACAAUAUUAAUAAUAAUAAUUAUUAUAAUAACACAAAAAAAGAAUAUGCACAUACAUAUGUCAUAAACGCGCGUUUUUGGCUCGUAUAAGAAAAAAAAUAUGUCCAGUAAGAGUGAAAGAAAGAGGGAGAAAGAGAGAGAGAGAGAGAGAGAGAGAGAGAGAGAGAGAGAGAGAGAGAGAGAGAGAGAGUGAGAGAGAGAGAGAGUGAGAGAGAGAGAGAGAGAGAGAAAGAGAGAGAAAUUGAAAUUGAAAUUUAAUAAAGAUCUAUAAUAAACGAAAUGAUUCAAUCGAAAAUUUAAUUUAUUCUAUUUCAAUGGUAACGAAUUUGAGCCUGACGCGCGCGUAGUAGUCUUUUUGGGAACAAAAAUAAUUUAUUGUGUAAAAGAAAGUCGUGCUCGUUAAUUUGACGAGCCCGUCCAAAAAAAAUUUUAGCAGAGAUAUUCCAUUAAAUUCGUUCGGUAGCGGAGUUUCAUGGUGUGUUUAGAGUUGACAGCAAUGAUUAUGAAUGCGAGAAAGAGAGAGAGAGAGAGAAAGAGAGAGAGAGAGAGAGAAAGAGAAAGAAAGUUUGUAUGAGAGCAUGAGAGAGAAAGACAAAAGAUCUGUGUCGGUCCAGGCGUGCCAACGUUCGAGUUUAUAAAUAAAAUCAAAUUAACAAAAUUUUAACUAACAAUAUUAAAAUUUAACUAACAAUAUUGCUUAGAUCUAUUCAACGAAUCGCUUAUGAUUUUAAUUUGUUAAUUUCGUUAAGACGUCGACUUUUUUUCUUUGAGGAAUUUGUUUUUCUUCUUUUUUUUUUUAGAAUGGAAAUAAGAAAAAAAAAAGAAAGAUGGAGAAGAAACUUUCACUUUACAAUUUAAAAAUAAUAGUUAUUUCCAUGAUUUAAAACGUGAGUAAUAGUUAAUAAACGUGAGUAAUAGUACUUUGACUCCUCUAAUUGUUUUGAUAUAUUUAUAUUAGGUUAUGUAUAUAUAUAUCGUUGAAAAACAGAUUUUAAUAUCUUGAAUGUUAAAUGUACAGGAUGAAUUGUAUAUUUAUAAAAUUCAUAAUUAAAAUAAUCUAGAAAAUGUAGGGUGUAUUACAUGUGCAAACAUCUUUUUAAAUUAUACAUAUAGUUGAGAUAAAAUCUUUAAAAUGUAUUAAUGUGCGAUGAUAAAGUAUCUUUUUUUUUUUUUUUUUUUAAAUGAUAUCGCGUAAUACGAUUCACCCUGUAUAAAAAAAAAAAAAAAAAAAAGAAAAAAAAAGAUGAUUGUGUAUUUAAUUAAUAAUAUAAAAAAAUAACUUAUGAUGUAUUCUAAUCUCAUCUCUAUAUUUUUCGAAUUCUUCUUUACCAAUCAAUACUUCUCUUCCUUUUUCGAUCAUAUUAUUUAUAUAAUAAGUAACAAAGAAAUUUUUAACGCUAAAUAAGUAAUAAUAGUUUGACCAUAGAAAUCGUAGGUGUAAUCAACUAAAUCAAAAAAAAAACAAAAAAAAAAAAAGACAAGAAAGAAAAACAAGAACAAAUUAAUUUCUUGUUAAGAGAAGUCCUAAUAAAACGCACGAAUUUUUCUAAACGACGUAUAUACGCAUAUCUAUUAUUAUAUUGUUUUAUAAAAUAUUACAUUGAAAAAUGUUUAUAAUUUUAUAAAAACGAUCAUACUCUCAUUGCUCACUCUGAAGAUUAAUGAAAGAAAGGACCAGAAUACAUAUCGACGAUGAUCCAAAAAUCUAUUUUACUAUUUUGCACAAACUAAUCGUAAAGAGUUAAUAAUUUUUUUUUAAUCAAAUGUUAGAUUAAGGGAUUACGCCAUUUUAGAAUUUUAUAAAAAAUUCGAAAUUCCUUUUCUCCAUCUAUUUUCUAACAUUUCGAGAUAUUCAAACAUUUCUAAUGAUUUUUAUUUAAGUAAUAUAAAAAAAAAUAAAUUAAUUAUUGAAUAGAUAGAAAAUAUUAAAAUCAUUUGAUCGUCAUAUUUUUAUAAUAUUUUAAUUGUUAAUUUUAAUUAAUAUUAUUUUAAAGUAUCUUCAACAGAUCUCUUACACAAAACAAAUGCACACACAUUAAUUAAACAUAACAAAGAUCCUAAUCGAAAAUGAUAUGUUUAAAUUCCAAUAAUGGUGAAAUCUUUUAAUUAACACUUGAAUUUAUUAUAAACAAAAUAUGUAAUGAGUCCAGAAGACUUAAAAAAAAGAAAAAGAAAAAGAAAAACAAAACGUCGAUGUUUGCACGCAUGGACCAGUUUGAUCAAAGAACGUUAUCGAUAAAAUGUUAUUUACAUUUUCAAUUUUAAAUAUAAAUUUUCGCUUUCGCUUGAAUUAUCAAUGAUU